AUGUCUUUCCUCCAUUCAGACCUGUCGGCCUCUGCUGUGGACGCCGUUACGGACGAAACUCGAAGUGUCAGCUCUUCGAGUCUUCCGUCUUCUCGGGAGAAGCUGCGCCGAUCGGUUGAGUUUGACUACAGCGCCGGCAGUCUUCCAUCGUCCGGCUCGACUCUGUCCGCCGGAUGUGGUCUGAAGCAUGCCUUCCGAUUGCCCGACUUUGUCUGGUCUUAUUUGCACCGACUGCUGUUGGAUGAGUUGUUACGAGCUGUUGAAUACGAUUUCUGGUUAGUAUUGUCCUCCUCUUGA